AUGACUACUCUCUAUCGCAUGGACCAGCGGCCGCUUCAAGCGCUGGGAGCGCUUCACGCGCUGCCGCUCAUGCCCACGACUUUGCACAGAUGUAUAGCGCUGGAUAACGGCCAGGGCAAGCCGGUUCUGCUUCCGGCGCCGGAACUGGACCACGCCAGCAUCGCGGACGUGGAAAGCGAUCUGAAGCGCCAGCUGGACCGGUGGGCGUUCGGCCCGACGGCCCGCAGCGCGAGCGUGGGGGGCGAGCUGUCACCCGCCACGGCGCGCUCGUGCGGCAGCAUCAGCAGCAUCAGCAGCAUCGGCAGCAGCGGCAGCGGCAGCGGCAGCGGCAGCGGCAGCGGCAGCGGCAGUGGCGGCUCGCUGUCGGGCUCCGCCUCGUCGUCCUAUACGCAUCUGCCGGAACUGCGGGAACUGCGGGACGUGCGGGCCGCAGGGCCCGCGGUGCCCGCGGCUAUCGCGGCAGGCGGGCCGCAGCUACCGCAGCAGCCGCUGGACGAGACCAUAUCGUCGCGCACGGACGCGAGUCGCGCCAGGGCCUCGAUCGAGCGCCGCCGCAAGUACGUGUGCAAGACGUGCCAAAAGGGAUUCACGACGAGCGGUCAUCUCGCACGUCACAACCGGAUCCACACGGGCGAGAAGAACCACGUGUGUCCGCACGAAGGGUGUGGGCAACGGUUCAGCAGGCACGACAACUGUGUCCAGCAUUAUAAAACCCAUCUACGCGUGUAA